UUGCAUCACACCCACAUCAACCCAACCAGCCAGAGCCAGUGCCUAAACAUGUUCCUUCCUGUUCUGCCCCUCAAACUCCUCCUCCUCCUCCUUCACAUAGGCAUCCCUGCCGCGACGGCCCAACUCCAGCCUGAUUUUUACUCCCAAACAUGCCCUAAGGCUGAAUUGAUAGUCCGCAACGUAAUCGACAAGGCCAUGGCCAGACAAGUCAGAAACGCGGCUUCGGUCAUGCGCUUGCAAUUCCAUGAUUGUUUUGUGAAUGGCUGCGAUGCUUCGCUGUUGCUGGAUGACACGCCAAACAUGCUCGGAGAAAAACUUGCUCUCUCAAACAUAAACUCUCUAAGAUCAUAUGAAGUCAUAGAUGAAGCCAAGGCGGCCUUAGAGAAAGCCUGUCCGGGAAUUGUUUCUUGUGCUGAUAUCAUAAUCAUGGCGGCUCGGGAUGCCGUCGCACUGAGCGGAGGACCCAAUUGGGAAGUGAAGUUAGGAAGGAAAGACAGCUUAAUAGCAAGCCAAGAGGACUCCAACAACAUCAUGCCCAGCCCAAGAGCCAAUGCGAGCUACCUCAUUGAUCUGUUCAGCAAAUUCAAUCUAUCCAUCAAAGAUCUUGUGGCCCUUUCUGGGUCUCACUCCAUUGGCAAAGGUCGGUGCUUCUCUAUCAUAUUCCGGCUAUACAACCAAUCCGGGACAGGCAGGCCAGACCCUGCCAUUGAACCCAAGUUUAGAGAGAAGCUAGACAAGCUUUGUCCACUUGGCGGGAACGGAAAUGUGACAGGAGACUUGGAUGCAACACCACAAAUAUUCGAUAAUCAAUACUUCAAGGACUUGGUCAAUGGCAGAGGAUUUCUCAAUUCUGAUCAAACUUUGUUUACAAAUUAUUGGACUAGAGAAUAUGUCAGGCAGUUUAGUCUUAAUCAGAGUAAAUUUUUUAAGGCAUUCGUCGCGGGGAUGAUUAAAAUGGGUGACUUGCAAUCAGGGCGGCCAGGAGAGAUUAGAAGGAACUGCAGAGUAGUCAAUAGCCGGCCUGUGGACAUAUUGUUAGAGUCUUGAAGGAAAAAAAUGGAAAGUUACGUUAUUAGAGUGAUUGUUUGAAUUUAAUAAUUUGUCCAACUUGUCUUCAUAUAGUUGGUGUUAUAUUAAUAUAGUGGAGUAUAAUGACCCUGUUUGAUACAGUUUUUUUUCAGCUUA